AUGUCUGGGGGCGAGCGGGAGGCGCUGGAGGAGUUCCGUGCCGCCCGCGCCCUCCAGGCGAGAGAGGCUGCAGAGGCGGAAACAAAGAGGCGCAAGGAGCAGGAGGAGAUAGACAACUUCGAGACGGCAAAGGGCGAGGGAAACAUCGCCGACUGUGGAUGCUGCUACGUCGAGCACGCACUUAACAGGAUGGUGCACUGCGAUGGCGAAGAGCUACACUGGUUUUGUCGUGAUUGCGCCCGUAUGAUGGCCGAGACACAGAUAGGCCUUGGCAAGCACACGUUGGCUUGUAUGUCCACCGAUGGCUGCUCAGGCCAGUUCCCGUCUCAUCAACGGGAGAUCUUUCUCGACGCCCACUCAUUAACGGCACUGGACCGUAUCGAGCAAGAGGCCUCUCUCCGAGAUGCUGGUAUUGAAAACCUCGAGACAUGCCCGUUCUGUCCAUUUGCGAUGGAAUACCCACCCUUGGAGGAGGACAAAGAGUUCCGAUGCCUGAUGCCUGAGUGCAAGGUGGUGAGCUGUCGGGCCUGUCGACAAGAGACUCACAUCCCAAAGACUUGCGAAGAGGCAGCUCUUGAGCGAGGCCAUUCAGCUCGCCACGCGAUAGAGGAGGCCAUGUCAGCAGCCUUGAUACGGACAUGCAAUAAAUGCGCAACACCUUUUAUCAAGGAAAACGGCUGCAACAAGAUGACCUGCACAAAAUGCCGCAACAUCCAGUGUUACACUUGUUCCAAAUCCUGUGAUUAUACACACUUCAAUGACACUGCACGAGGGGGCAGAGUUGGUCAGUGUCCCCUCUUUGACAAGGAGGGGACUGAUGUCCGUCAUGCUGAGGAGGUGAAGAUUGCCGAGCAGGAAGCCCGCAUGAAAGUUCUUGAGGACAAUACAGACGUGGAUGCUGCAUUCUUGGAAAUCAAGACCUCUGAAAGAGUCCAAAAGGAUGAGCAACAACGACUGACAAAUGGUAAGUCUCCCCUGGCAGAGUAUGGGGGCGGGUGGGAAAUGGACAUUGUGAGUCUUGAUGGCUGCUGUACUAACACCCAUCUCAGAUGCAUAUAG